AUGGGGUCAGCACAGUACGGCUUCAUCAACAGCUGCCUCCAGUCUCUGGUGAUAGAGAAGUUUGGACAAGAGAUGUGGGACAAACUCAGCUCUCUACCAGGGGCCCAGGAUCACUUCAUGACAUAUACGGUUUAUGAUGAUAUCCUAACCGUAGGCCUGGUGGAGGAGGCCUGUUCACUGCUGGAUGUCUCUGCUGAUGUGUUUCUCAAGCUUUUUGGAGAACAUUUCUUUAGUUUCUGUAAGCAAGCGGGCUACGACACCAUGCUGAGGACACUGGGAGGAGAUCUAAUAGAAUUCAUUGGAAAUCUGGACGCCCUCCAUAGUUAUCUGGCUCUGUCCUAUCAGGAAAUGAAUGCGCCGUCUUUCCGAGUGGAGAUGACAGAUGAUGGGAAGAUGCUGCUUCACUACUAUUCUGACAGGAAGGGCCUGUACCAUAUUGUACCUGGUAUCAUGGAGGCGGUUGCCAGGGAGUUUUUUGAUAGCGAAGUGACCAUGGUGGUUCUAAAUCAAUCAGAGGAAGAUGAGAGGACAGGGAAGAAGGAGCAUGUUGUGUUUCUGGUCAAACAGACCAAACAGGCCUGCAAGACUAUAGACCAGGACCACUCCAGUUAUAGAGGGGAGGCAUUUUUCAGAAGAAUGAGAGAGAGGCGUGUGUCGCUGGCUGGAAAAAAUAGUGGCUGGGACCUGAUCAGAGCUGUGGUUCUCUCAGAAAAAGGUGAACUCUCUAUAAUCAGCCACCAGCACACCUUUGCUCCCUGUUACCCGGACACGCUGUGGAUUGAAGAGAAAGCCUUCUGCAAUGCUUUUCCUUUCCAUAUUGUCUUUGAUGAAGACCUGAAGGUCAGGCAGACAGGGGUAAACAUACAGAAGUUUGUUCCGGGUCUUCAGGCCAGAGAUGCCUCGUUGGACCAGUACUUCACCAUUGUACACCCACAGGUGACUUUUACCAUUAAGAGCAUCAGGAAAUUCAUCAACAGUCAGUUUGUCUUGAAGAGCUUCAAAGGCAAACACUCCACGCUCAAACUAAGAGGUCAGAUGCUGUGGAUGGAUUCUCUUGGCUGUAUGUUGUACCUGUGUUCUCCGAAGCUACGAAGCCUCCAGGAACUUCAAGAUGUCGGCCUUCACCUGGCUGACCUGGCCCAACACGACGUCACCAGGGACCUGGUUCUCCUCAACCAGCAACGUCUAGCUGAGAUGGAGCUGACCAAUCAGCUGGAGAGGAAAAAAGAGGAACUGAGGAUUCUGUCGCGGCACCUAGAGGCUGAAAAAGAGAAGACAGAGACUCUGCUGUACGCCAUGCUUCCACGUCACAUCGCCAAUCAGCUUAAAGAUGGGAAGAGCGUAAAGGCAGGUGAAUUUGAUGUGUGCACUAUAUUGUUCAGUGAUGUGGUAACCUUCACAAACAUCUGCGCUGCCUGUGAGCCCAUCGAUAUUGUUCACAUGCUAAACUCCAUGUACUCCAAGUUUGACAGACUCACCAAUGUACAUGACGUCUACAAGGUUGAGACUAUUGGUGAUGCAUACAUGGUGGUGGGUGGCGUUCCAGUCCCUACAGAAACCCACGCUCACAGGGUGGCAAACUUCGCUUUGGGUAUGAGGAUAGCUGCCAAAGAGGUCACCAACCCUGUAACAGGCAAACCCAUACAGAUCCGUGUGGGUCUCCAUACUGGCCCAGUAUUAGCUGGGGUGGUGGGGGAGAAGAUGCCUCGCUACUGCCUGUUUGGAGACACUGUUAACACAGCCUCCAGGAUGGAGAGCCAUGGAGUACCUGACCACAUUCACCUCAGCAAUUUCACAUAUAGUGAGCUGAAGGAUGCGGGCUUCAACAUUCAACAGCGUGGGCAGAUUGAAGUCAAGGGUAAAGGCCAGAUGACCACUUACUUCCUGUUGGGGAACCUGUUGGUGUCAGAAGAUAGCAUCAUGGGAAGAGAAGGUGGAAAGACCUGCAUUUACAGCGAGGAACUUCAAGGCCAGAGCAAAAAAGAAUCUGACAAAGAGCCUGAUGUGAGAACUGAGAGUGAGCAGAGAGAUGCACCAUCAGAUGGGAUCACUGCCCUGGACCCCACCCGCCUCGACACAAUCAGCCCCUUUGCCUGGGACAUCACCCCACCAUAUGAGACCAAUGAGAACAGCUACAGUCCACCUGAAAACAAUUUCAACAGCAGACUCUGUGUUUUACUCUGACUGAGGACCCCUUCUGCCUUUUACAGCUCACUGGCAUUCAGCCAUUCCAGAUUCUGCAGGCAUACAGGUGUGUGAGGUCAACACAAAAAAGUAAUGGGAGUAACACAAAUCCAAAUCAAACUGACAAUAUGUUAUUCAAAGUUUAUUGUGCAUACUUCUUCACACCAGGAAGUGGCUUUCUUUAAAUGUAUGAACUACUGAUGUUCAACCCCACCCUCAUUUGUUACAAGUACAGGCAAAUUCUAUGGCUGCCAAAGUAGUGUAGUGGGGACACACAGUGGCUCAGGAAAACAUAUAAAAGAAUACCAUGUAGUGAUGCAUGCAGAUGUGCCCUCCAUAUUGUCUUUUUGUAUGGAUUAUGAUCAUAAUAACAAUAUAACCAUCCCCGCAUAUUCAAAGCAUAAAGACAUACCCCAUCAAUGAUAAAACAAUAUGGACAUAGUUCACAUUUACAGUGAAUUAUAGAUUGAGUAUGUACAGGAUAGUUGGUGGAUUAUUGCACAUAGAUGGAGAAACUGAUCAUUCUCUUGAUGGAUAGAUUCUUAGAGGGAGGAGUUGAACAGGUUGAUGAACCUGAACCUGCUUCUGUCUGACCCAGCACUUCAUGGAGAGGGUGAGAGGAGUUGUCCAGUUGUUGUUGUUCUUAUCUUUAUCUUGGACAACAUGUUGCUGUCAGAGACGCUAACUCUCCUCCCACAAUGUAGCCAGCCUUGCAGAUGAGCUUAUUGAGUCUGUUGAUGUCCUUUACCCUUAGGCAGUAUAGAGGAUGGAUGGAUGGAUUAUUAAUGUUAAAAUCACCAUUCUCAUCUUGGGUUUUAAUGAGGAAUAUACAUAUUGCAGCAUCCCUCAGUCAGAAGGCAACAAGAAAAUAUCUGGUUUUGCUGGCAAUUCAUUAGCAACAGAAUAUAGGCUACUGUGGGUUGUGUACAUAUACACAUGCAAAUUAA